ACAGUAUUGUUCUGAUACUGUUUGUGCCUGGUUCUCUGUCCAACUCCCCGUGUGGAUUCUUGCCCUCCUGCUCCAGGGUCCUCCAGCCCCACAUUCCCUGACCUGCAUCUAGCUGUCAGCUAAGUCGUUGGAUCUCAUGUCAUGCCUUUGUCAUUGUCCUCUGUACUGAAUAAACAUUCUUCGCAUCAGACUCUGAAGACUGCUUGAAGAUUCUUUCUUGAAAACUUUUUGUAGACUCAAGUUUUGAUCCAGAAGCUGCCUGACCAUCACUGGCCCUUAGCAGACAGACUGAGUCACAACACACACACUGAAGGAUCACUGAUCUUCACCAGAUGGACUCAUCUUUGAGACCAGAACUGUUCAAUUUCCUCGGAGUCCCAAUGAUUCACUACUACACCAACAAUUGGGAUGGAGUUCAGAACUUUCAGGCCAGACAAGAUGAUAUACUUCUUGCAACAUACCCCAGAUCAGGGACUACAUGGACCUCCUAUGCCCUUGACUUGCUGUAUUUUGGUCAGAAAUCUCAAGAGCGUCAGGAAACCAUCCCUAUUUAUGCAAGAGUGCCUCAUCUGGAGGCUACUCUCCCUGUGAAGCAGCCAGGAUCUACUCAAGCACUGAUAAAAGAAACUGAAACGGCAGACAAGCUGCUCACGUCUCCUCGAAUCAUGAAAACCCAUCUUCCAGUCCAGUUUGUGCCAAAGUCCUUCUGGGAGCAAAACUGCAGAAUCAUUUAUGUUGGCCGCAAUGCCAAAGAUACUGUGGUGUCCUAUUUUCACCUGGAUCGCAUGACAAAGAUGCACCCAGAGCCUGGAGACUGGAACACCUUCCUCCAGAGAUUCAUGGAGGGAAAGAUGGUGUUUGGAUCCUGGUACGACCAUGUGAAUGGCUGGUGGAAGAAGAUGCAGACUUAUUCAAAACUCCAUUACAUGUUCUAUGAAGAUCUGAUUGAGGAUACAGGACAGGAAAUAGACAAACUCUGCAGCUUUUUGGGUUUGUCUGCAUCGACCGAAGAGAAGGAAAGUAUCAGAAGCAAAGUGCAGUUCAGUGAUAUGAAAAACAACAGCAUGGUCAACCACACAACCUUCAAAGGGCUCGAUUUCAACAAGUCUUCCUUUAUCAGAAAAGGGAAGGUUGGUGACUGGAAGAACCACUUCACUGUGGCCCAGAGUGAAGCGUUUGAUGAAGACUACAAGCAAAAGAUGAAGGAUCCCACACUUCAGUUCCGGACUAAAAUCUGAACACAACCAGAUACACUGUGUUUAAAUGAAAGGUUCACAACUGACUAAAUGUGGCGUUUCUGGAGAGUGGUAGAGGUGUUACUUCUAACUAAUCACAUACGAAUUAAAGCUGUGUACUAGAGUGUGCAUCACACACAGCAGGACUGCUGGAGCAUAUUGUGAAUAAACUGAAGAUCAACAGAGGAUACCGAUGUCAUUUUUUGUGACCGACUGAAUUUCUGGUGAAGCUUUGUCUCUCCAAUUUGCAAGCAUCACACAAUCGGUCUUAAUCUUUUAAAUUUAAGAUGUAUUCAGAGUUUUGAUUAUUUCACAUUCUUAUUUAGUUGUAUUCUAUCAAGCCCAUUUUGUGAAACUGUCACAUCUAUGCUAAUGUUGGAUGACCUGAUUUUACCAGAUUUGUCUGACUUGAACACAGUGGUUUACAUGGUCCAUUUGUAAGACUCACUCACUCUUUGCAGGAAAUUGUGCAGCAUGGUACAGUGAGUUUGACACAAACACUUUCUUAAAUGUGGAAGUUCCUGUCAAGUCCAUAGUGAGUAAACAUACAGAUUCAACAUGUUGAGUGUGCUUUAUACCUCUGAAAAUAGGUAUUUACUGAAGGAAAGAAGCUAAAAUGUGCUGCACUGAAACAUAUUGCAGUUAAAUUUGCGUACUUCCUGAUUGAUGAUUGAACUUUGGGCCUCAUCUUAAAUCUGGAAGUUAUUGGAAGUGAGAGGGGUAUAUCAGUAAAAUAAUGACAUACCUUUACUUUAAGAAUAAAGAGGAAAAGUCACAGUUUUCAUUCACCUACUGCAUAUUUGACUUUUAUUCAGUAGUGUUGAUGUGGAACAUAGCUAAAAAGGACAUGUUGUAAUUGUUGCAUUUCCCUGUUUUUUUAUGCUUGAAUGUAUGUUUUUUUGCUGGUCUGGUAGGCUGUAUUGUCUUUUGUUUGUCAUAAAAACAAACACAAAAAUGACAAAUUUUUUAUCAGUUCCCUACUGGCAGUGAAUUGUUUACUUUUCAAAAUUUCUCUCUAAUCACUUGCAAAGCAAAUUUAGUGGGUGACAUUUUAACUUGUACAAGCUUACUAUGACAACAAAUGAGUGUAAAAUACCACUUGGGAGCUGAUCACAACAGAUAUGUAAAUCAACCCAUCUUGUCUCCCUCAAUACAGAUGACUUGUGGAAGCCAUUUCUGAAACUCUUUACUGCAACUGCAUGUGACAAACUCAAUAGAAAUUGAAUGCAAAACAUUUGAAAUCUUCCACCUCCAGGAUAUCAGCUUUUAUUGUAUUUUUUUAGAGAUGGAUUUACCUUUGAGACCAGAACUGACCCAGACAACUGGAAUGGAGUUCAGAACUUUCAGACCAGACCAGAUAAUAUGCUUACUGCAACAAGUAUGAGCAACACGUGGUAUAUUUUGAAUUAAUGCAUAUUGGUCAAGGACUGGGGACGUCUAGAGUUGUUUGUUUUUUCUUUUCCUCCCUCUGUUUCUGCUUCAUGAGUUUAUUUUUAAAAUAAUUCUGUUGAACCACGGUUCAAAAGCAAUGUCUGAUUUUCAUUGCUUAAUUUUCAUAGAAUUUUUUAUUUAUUAUUACUUUUGUCAGAUUCAAAUUAUUUCUGUGACCAUAGCGGGUUUUUCUUUCAUUAACCGAGGGAUACCAACAAUUUUGUCCACGUGUGUAUUAAUACAUGUUUUCCACUGUAGGUGACCUUGCAUUAGCACAGUUGAAGUUGAAUCAUAAAAAAUAUACAUUAUACAUUUUCCCAUUGGCCCACCCUGGACAAGUUAUACAACAGUUGGAAACUUUGUCACAAAUGUUCCCCAUUCCUGCUCAGUCCUGCUCACCUCAUGACUCGCCUGAUAUCAGGCAGUCCGACUUGGCAGUUUUUGAGCAGCUUCAACUUCUUAUCAGUAAAACAAACCAAAUUUUUCUAACAGUCUCUUCUCAUUUUGUCCACCUGGAGGCAGCGUUUGCACCCUAGUCUGCCCGUGGUGGCUUUUUGACUAGCUUCUGUGACAGUGGAAUGUGUAUAGGAAUGUAUUCAGCUGUCUUUCUCUGGGAAGUCCAUCGACUCCAGAGGUUUAAGAGUUGGUAAAAACCAGUGAACAACAAGCAAAGAAGAAACAACUAUUACAGCACAUGUUGUGGCAUUUCAAGAUCGAACAAGUGAUCAAAUUAGACAAAUAGGAUGUGUGAAUCAAAUUUAAGAGCAAACAAUGAUAAGAUUGGGAGACCUAAUGUGUCAACUGAAGUUAUAAGUACACUAAAUAAUCCUGUAAAAAGCGGCAACCCAACGGAAACCUAUGGGGUCCAUAUAAGACAUAAGACAAAAAGAUCACACCCUCUCUUCAUCUACACUUGUGAGCUAAAACUUAAGUCACGCUAAGCUAAGCAGAAAUAAUGUCAACCUAGCAGAAAUUAAAAAAGAGGAGGUGGUCUAACUUUUGAUGCGAUUGCUUCCAUAUACCAUGUCCAUGAAUUUCUGCUUCUUAAGGAUCUACUCAAGCGCUUAUAAAAGGAACUGAAAUUGCACACAUGCUGCUCACGUCUCCUCGUAUCAUGAAAACCCAUCUUCCAGUUCAGUUUGUGCCAAAGUCCUUCUGGGAGUAAAGCUGCAAAGUAAUGUAGCCUUUGCAUUGACCUCAUUUCACUUCAAAUGACAUAACCUUUCAUGGGAUGCUGGUCUAUAGAUAACUUUGGUGUUUUCUUCUUUUGUAGAUCAUUUAUGUUGGCCGCAAUGCCAAAGAUACCGUGGUGUCCUAUUUUCACCUGGAUUGCAUAACAAAGAUGCACCUACAGCCUGGAGACUGGAACACCUUCCUCCAGAGAUUCAUGGAGGGAAAGAUGGUGUUUGGAUCCUGGUACGACCAUGUGAAUGGCUGGUGGAAGAAGAUGCAGACUUAUUCAAAACUCCAUUACAUGUUCUAUGAAGAUCUGAGGAUACAGGACAGGAAAUAGACAAACUCUGCAGCUUUUUGGGUUUGUCUGCAUGGACCGAAGAGAAGGAAAGUAUCAGAAGCAAAGUGCAGUUCAGUGAUAUGAAAAACAACAGCAUGGUCAACCACACAACCUUCAAAGGGCUCGAUUUCAACAAGUCUUCCUUUAUCAGAAAAGGGAAGGUUGGUGACUGGAAGAACCACUUCGCUGUGGCCCAGAGUGAAGCGUUUGAUGAAGACUACAAGCAAAAGAUGAAGGAUCCCACACUUCAGUUCUGGACUAAAACCUGAACACAACCAGAUACACUGUGUUUAAAUGAAAGGUUCACAACUGACUAAAUGUGGCGUUUCUGGAGAGUGGUAGAGGUGUUACUUCUAACUAAUCACAUACGAAUUAAAGCUGUGUACUAGAGUGUGCAUCACACACAGCAGGACUGCUGGAGCAUAUUGUGAAUAAACUGAAGAUCAACAGAG